AAAUUUAAGUAUAUAAUACUUUAGCAUCGAUUAGCUUCUUCAAAAGUAAGAUUGUAAGAUCACGAAAUUCUUAUUUGAUUGUUCUGGUAACAAGGAUUUGAAAAUUUGAAACGAACAUGUCUCGACUUUUAUUACUCAACAUUUUUAUAAUUGCUUCUUUCAUUAUUUUGAAAGUUGCUGAAGGAACGGCUUCCUGUGAUGAUAUAGAAUGUGCCGGACCAGCAUAUGAAUGUAAAAGUUGUCCAGAGUGUGAUCUUGAAUGUAAUAGAGCUUACGGAACCUGUCGUUCGAAUUGUGGGCCACCAGGAUGUGGUUGCAGUGACGGUUACUGCAUAGGUACAGAUGGCAAUUGUGUGCUGGCAGAAAAUUGAUCUCCCUGUAGCUAAAUAAAUUAACGUUUUCCCAUAAAAUUUUGUCAACAAACAUGUUUAUUGUAAAAAAAAGUUAUAAUAAUGUAAAAAAAUGUAUACAAUACUUCCGAUUUAAUCAUCUUUCAAAUUGCUUGUAGAAAACGAA